AUGAACUACGACCCUAUCCACGAUACAUACUCGGAAAACAGCGAUUCAGCGGCCAAUCGGGAAACCAAUCCGAGCAUGAACGUUCCACACCCCGCCAACAGCACCGGCGCGGACACUUUGAGGGAAAAUCACACCACAGUAGAACACCACCUAGCCAAUCCGACCCAAAAUCUCCAAAACAUGCAAGGCGACCAGCUUUUAAAGAGGGAGCCGGUUUUGCCCAGCGAGCACAAUGUGCAACCCGAGCCGGCAGUGAAAGUUGAAAAUGCCCAGUCUGUGCAAGGCUACGCGGAGACGCACCAAAAGAGCCCGCACCAGGUGGCCACGGCACAAGGCGCUCCAGAGCAGAGCCAAAGCACGGAAAGCGACGAAGAUAAAGAGCCUUUGCCGCCAGGCACACUUCCGUCGACGUUCCGGAGUGUGUCACGUGGCUUCAAGCACUUGAAGAAGGCCGACGGCGAGCCGUUCUGGCGGAAGGACAUCCAGUACAGCUUCCUCGAGGCGCUCUUCAACGACACAAACGCGGUUUUCACCAACAACUUCCCUUUUUGCGAAGUGCCGCAUGCGGCCAACGGACCCAAGCUCACGUUUGCCGAGCUCUAUGUGCGCACGUUGGCCGAGUCGCUGAAACUGUCCAAGGUUCUCCGCGAACGCUUGAUCAAAGACCGCGAGAUGGGUGUAGCCGUGAGCAAAGUGUGCUUGCUCGUGAAUGCAGGGCGCAUGAACACUACCGUCAACUUUGUGCCCGACAUGCGGCUGGCGCUCCGCACAUACCAUCUGAUUCCGUCGUUGCAGGCCGAUCCCAACGGGCCGCUGAAGCCGCUCCAGGACACGCCGCGGUUGAAGACCAUUCUUAAGGCAGUGUGUGACGGCCACGACCAUUUGCAGACAUUGCUUGACUUGUUGCGGACUCCUCCGACGACCAAGCCCAACACCAGCGUGAUCAAGUUGAUUUUCCUCAUGAGCACGUUCUUCCAAAACAUCCCGUUCCACUAUGACGACCUGUACGACCACGAUCUGUUUCUGGAAAAAUUGCGCUUCAUCAAGGCGCUGCCCGGCCCGCAGAACAAGUUCAUGGAGUUCUUCCUCAACGAUGAGAUCCGCCCAGAGAACAGAGCGCGCCGUUUCUUGUGGCUCAUGUACACCUACUUGGAAACCUCCUUCACUCCUGCGGAAUUGGCUGCAAAUCCUUUCAACCCGCGCGUGAUCCCACCACUCGAAUACCUUUCGGAUGCCGAACUCGCUGCUUGCGACGUGGAUCCUCCGUACGAGGUUGAGUACGCGGUGCAAAUGUACCAUGCGCGCAUGCUGCACUUGCACGGCGACGACCGGGGCAGCGCGCCUCGAAAGAGAAAAGAGGAGGAAAUCGAAGAGCCGGUCGCCGAAGAGCCAGAGGAAGUGCCUGUUCCAGAAGAGCCGCGGCUUCUCAAGCCCAUUCUCAAGCGGAAGAAACCCACUCCGCUGGUGGGCUCAUUGGUGGACGACAGCAAAAAGCCGCUUGGUGCGGCCGCGCGCUGGCGCGACGUGCCGUUCCCGCUUGUGCGCGAGCGCCUUGCGCGCUUCGCCCGCUCCACCUCGGGCGUGGCGGUGCGCCCGCUUUCGCGCGACAGCCCGCACUGUGUGGCCCGGCGCCGCGCAACUAUGGCGCGCGCGCGCGCUCUCGUGGCCCAAGUGGCCCGUGCCCUGCCUGUUUUCGAGGCCCGCCGCACGGCUCUCCCGAUAUGGCUCCGGCGCUACUUCCAGUAUAAAAAACAGCGGGACGGGCUAUUGGCCCUCGAGUGGGAGGCGCUUCGCAACGACGUGGCCGGUGGCAUCGAGUCCUAUUUAUACCAACAAAUGGGCAAAGCUCAAUUGACGCGGCGCUACGAGGAGCAGGCCGACGACGAGCCGGAUGCGAGACACGAAAGUUUCGUAGGCGGCGGCCAGCUUCCAGGCGAUGCCGCACCGGUAGACUUGGCCAGCAUGGACAAGGUCGGUGCCGGGUUUGUGGCCACGCAUGACUUUGAUCGUGCAAAUGAGCGUAGUGCUUAUGAGUUACUGUUGGUGACAAUGGCGGGAGAGGUGCAACAGGAAGAGCGGCCACUACCACGGGUAUCGUUUGAUUUGGAAUCAGAAACGGUAGAGUUUGCGUGA